GUCACCUCCCAGUUGACGUUACGUACGCCGCCGUGGCGUGUCUGCAAACCCAGUAACAUGGAGUCCGGUGCUUUGCCCCUUGCAAGGGAUCCAUGCAAAACACCUAAAAAGAGCCCAGAGAGCGACGCUAAAAGAGAAGACUUGUGCGUGUGAGCAACCGGCGGCUUGCAGCGGGCAUCUUCGUCGGGGCGUCAGGCUUCCUGCUCGGUCUCCAGCUAUGACUAGCGCCGCUUAGACUCCGACGCCUUCCCCUCGAUACGCGAACCAGGCCGAUAUCAAAGUGGAGGCGCGCACCAUGUAGGCAGGCUGGUCACCAAGUGGGACUCCAUACUGCUCUCUGGGGGACAAUGGAGCCAGAAGGGCGACCCCUCACCCCAGGGACCAGCUAUGUGCCCCCACCUUUGAACUCUGCACAAAAUCCCGCCACCACGACUUUCCUUAACAGCACCUUACAGUCCUCAUGUUCUUCCAAUGUGAGUGACAUCCUGACGCCUGCCAAAGGCUCACCGGGCCACGAUGGAGACCAGGACCCAAAGCAGACCGAGGGCUCCCAGCACGGUGCAGAGCCAGAGGGGAGUGCACAGAGGAGAUUAAGGUCCUCAGCCUUUCCUUCCUCCCUCAGCUGGGACUCUGACUCUGAGAAAGAAACACAAGAUGAGGAGGAGCUGCAGCAUUUUUCUAACCCUCACGGUCUGGCUGCUCACAGCCCAGGAUCUCCUUCCUCUGGACCCAGAGCUGGUAGUGAAGAUGACAAAGAAGCUGGAAAGCAGUUGGAGCAGAAGACUGAUCCGUCUGCCCCUGAGGAGGUGUGCAAUGAAAAUAAAGAAAGCACAAAAAAAGAAGAACCAAAUGCAUCUCAGCUUGGCCCGACAGACUUAGGAGGCAGCCAUGACUGGAACAUAUCUGAGGGAGCCGAGCUCUUCCUCUGCAAAGCAAAACCAAAGGACACUUGCCAGAGGGAGGAGGAUGCAGACAUAAGGGAGUUGGAGAAAAGUCCCGAGGGAAACGACAUCAACGAGCGUGAGAAGGAUGUGUACACCUUCACCGGAGACUCCGACCCUGAGAGUUCCCCUCCUGCCCCGUGGCCUCACUGCACACUCAUUCAGAGGUCCAGAAAGAAGAAGCUCCUCCUCAGGCCGUUCACCAGCCUCGAAACCUUAACGCACACUUUGACCGAGACUGGUAAGCAAGCGAGUGGGAGUCCUCACGGAUCACCUCCAAGUCAAGGUGCGGGGGUCUUUGGGGAGGGAUUGGCAGAAGAUCCGAUCGUGAUCGGAGAUGGAGACUGUAAUUUGGAACAUGACAUUUUCACCUGUGUGGAAUGUAGCAUUUACUUUAAAAAGCAGGUCCACCUAAAGGAGCACAUGAUUGAGCACUCUCAAACAGGUGAAGAGGGUGGUUUUCUGUGUAGCGAGUGUGGAUGGGACCUGCCCACUUGUGUUUCGCUGGACGACCACCAAAAAAGGCACCAGGAGUCUCGUGUGAAGAUCAUGUUGGAAAUCCAGAAGCUUAAUGAAGACGACAAGACAAAAGAGAGACAAGACACUAAGGUAGUGAAGCAUGAACAUUUUAGUCCGGUUGCUACUCCUGACAAGGUGUCAAGCACUUUUCCACCAUUAUAUCAGCCCCCAUCUGAUGGAGAUCAAGCUGCUCUUGAAUCAAAUGCACCUCAAAGCCCCCCUGGUUCUUUUGGAGCCACAUUCCAGCCCCAAGCGGUUUUGUACCGCCGCCGCUUUGUCUGUACCCAAUGUAACUUCAGCACAAGAACCUCCCAGGCGCUUGCUAAUCACACCAAGACGCACACGAAGAAAAAACCCACCAUUAAGUCCUCUUCUCCUGAUUCCCUGUCAUGCGUGGCUUCAUCUUCCCCGGGCUUAAGUCAAGUGGUUGUUAGGGCGCAGGGGAAACGGCUCCAUUCCGAAAAGAACUCCAUCAUGAGGACGCAGGUUGAUGCUGAGAGCAGCCGUUCAUCUUAUGAUGUGUUAAACUCCGUCCUGGAUUCCAAUCGUGCAUCUGACUCUGCAUCCCAGUCCAACGCAUCUCAAGCCAAAGCCCACCAUGGCUCAGAGGACGGUGAGACAAAUGUCCUCAGAUGUAACCGAAACAGGAGGUUCAGUAGGCGCGCCAGACUGAACGAAGAGGACCUUCCGGGCAGUGAAGCAGAGCAGGAGAGCCAUGCAGAGCUAGACUCUGAGAGGGUCGGAGGGAAACGGCACACCACGGCUGGAUCUGACACAGAGCGGCCGAGCGCCACUUUGUCACCGCACACGAGGAAAUGUUUGAAGGAGAACGACAAGCAGGAGGAAAGCAAUCUAAAGGUGUUGAGGAGGAGCAACAGGAUUACUGCUGCCCUCGCGGAAAUUGACAGUGACGGUGGUGACGAGGACGAGGACGACGUUGACGAUGAGCGUGUGCAACGUUUCCUGUCUGCUGGGGACAUCUUGGGUGACUUUGAAGAUGAGGUCUCAGAGGGCCUGAAGAGUGUGGAGAGGAAAUGCCCCUACUGCCCCGAUCGAUUCCAUAACGGCAUCGGGCUCGCCAAUCACGUGAGGGGCCACCUGAACCGGGUGGGCGUGAGCUACAAUGUGCGCCACUUCAUAUCCCCCGAGGAGGUCAACGCAAUUGAGAAGAGGUUUUCCUACCAGAAGAAGAAGAAAAAAGUGGCCAACUUUGAUCCAGCCACAUACAGCGUGAUGCACUGCGAGUUCUGUAGCGCCGGCUUUGACACUCGCGCCGGCUUGUCCAGCCAUGCCCGGGCGCACCUCCGGGACUUUGGCAUCACCAACUGGGAUGUUACCAUCUCCCCGAUCCACAUCCUGAGAAAGCUGUUCUCCAGCAGACCUGACCUUGUAAUCCCCACAGCUCCCCCGCGGAGCCCUAUCUCUGGUCAGGAAGAGGAGGACGAGGAGGAGGAGGAGGAGAAUGGGAUUAUUGAGGUCAAACUGGAAGGAGAGAUGAGUGAGAGGAGGAUAAAUGCUGCUUCUCCGGGUGCACUGGCUUCUCCUGAACCUUUGAAUGAGGAGGAUGGUGUCAAAGAAGCAACAGCAGAAGAGGAGGAUGAGCGACAGCACCUGGCUAAAGAUGGCCUGAGCUCGAGCCCAAAGAAAACACGUCUGCACAGCAUAGAUGAGGAUAGCCGCUCUCCAGAGGAGGAUGCAGACACAAAAGUUCAUGACUUGAAGUGUGAAUUGUGUGGAGCGCAGUUUGAGACCAGACGUGCCAUGUCCAGCCACGCCCGCUCUCACCUGCUGCAGAGGGAAUUCAGUGUUUUAGAAAGCGGCGGUGCACCCGUUGACCCCCCCUGCCAAACUGCCAAGGAGUGUAAUGUACACAAGCAAAUAAGCUCACCUCACCGGGAGCCCCAGUCACCCAGGAGCUCCGCUCUCUUUGACUCCCAGAAACGUGAGGACUUGGAAGGAGACUCAGACGUGAAAUCGAUAUCCCUUUCCAUUUUGACCAAAGCGGUGAAAGCAGUGCCCGCCUCCUGUUCCUCUUCUCCAUCUCCUUGUGCCUCUCCAACUCAAGCUCAUUCCAGCUCCCCAUUGUCACUAGUGAGGAAAGCCCCCAUUUCCUCUUUACUGCCCGUGUCUUCCCCCUUGCGUUCGACGGAGCACAAGGCUACAGGGAUAAAAAGCUCUGUCUCUAACCUCUCCACGACUAUCCCACAAUCCAAACCAAUCUGGGCCCCACAAGAAAAUGAUGCUCCUCUCAACCUCACCCUUGAGGUGGAUGCCAACAAGGACAUCGUCUGUCAGCUAUGCGGUGCCUGGUUUGAGACACGGAAAGGCUUGUCCAGCCAUGCACGGGCUCACCUGCGUCACUUUGGGGUGGAGUACUCCGAAUCCAAAGGCUCUCCCAUUGCCCUCUUGAACCAGCUCAUGGACACAGAUGAAUUCAAGCACAAAGCCAGUGAAUUCAACCUUAACACUGAAACACGGGGCAGCACGAACACGCUCUCCUCCCCAAAGAAGCCUCCGCUCAGCCUGACUUCCACCUCUCCAGCCGCACUAUAUAAGACGACGACAGCCGGAGGCGGGUCGACCUCCAAAGCUACCUCUUCCUCAUCCUUUGGCCCGCCUGCCAAGCGUCUCAAAUCAUCUUCCAUGCAGGUCUUCCGCCUCAGUAGUGGCGAGAUCAUGGCCCUGCCUCAAAGAGAACCUUCAAAGGAAAUCGGCUGUGAAUUCUGUGGGGAGUAUUUUGAGAAUCGUAAAGGACUGUCCAGCCAUGCUCGUUCCCACUUGCGUCAAAUGGGCAUUACCGAGUGGUCGGUCAAUGGUUCCCCAAUCGACACCCUAAGGGAACUCAUCACAAGACGGGGUUUGCCUUGCGCCCUUCCUUUAAAACCUCUAAAAACUCCCCCUCCGUCUUCCCCUGGACCUCCCCAUUCCCCUCUCUCGACCUCCUCCUCUCCAUCGGCCCUGCUCAGCCGCCUACCCUUCUCCUGCUCCUCUAGUCCUUCUCAAUCCGCAGUUUCUAAGUCGGGCUCCACCCCACCAACGUCCUCCAGUGGGCUCAUACUCAAGCUGAAGCCUGAGCCAGUGCAGCUGGAGGUCACGGCUCCUGAAGCCUUGGCCAGUAGUCGUCGCAGUUUCCCCACCGAUCGUCUCAGCCCUGGCUGGAGCAGUUCUGACAGUGGGUUCCCCCUCAACUUGGCCAUGUCUCGUGAAGUUGAGCCUACACGAGAUAUCCGCUGUGAAUUCUGCGGGGAGUACUUUGAGAACCGCAAAGGCCUCUCCAGCCAUGCCCGGUCCCACCUGCGCCAGAUGGGCAUUACUGAGUGGACUGUCAAUGGGUCGCCCAUCGACACCCUACGGGAAGUUAUCCACAAGAGAGGCUUAAGUGUCUCCUCUCCGUCCGACAAGGGGGUGAAGAAGGAGUGUGCCAAAAGUCCCUCGUGGGGGAACGCCACCAAAACUUCAGAGGGGUUUUGUCUCUCCGCCUGUCAGUCGUCUAAGUUUCGUAAAUCCCCUCUCAGUAUGCUGUCAUCAGGAUCCAGGUUUCAGAAGCAAGGCCUGGGCUCUCUGGGCCCAUCCGCUAUCCCGACCUCACCGAAGAUAGUCAGGAUAUCCCCACUAGGGAAACAGUCAGAUGAAGCCCAGUCUGUGGAAAGUGCCCACACAGUGCCACAUCAGCGCAAGACUUUCUCGCCACUACCACAUGACUUCUCAAUGAAAAAAAAACCCUCCCCUGACAAGCAAGUCCGCAAGGAUCCCAGCUGUGAGCUGUGUGGCUUCUACUUUGAGAACCGCAAGGCCCUGGCGAGCCACGCACGAGCCCACCUCCGGCAGUUCGGGGUGACAGAGUGGUGUGUAAACGGGUCUCCCAUUGAGACGCUGAGCGCGUGGAUUCGCAGCAGGCCGCAGAAGGUGUUGGAGAUGCACCGCAGCUACAUGCAGAGUAACCGCCCCGCCUCCAAGAGGAAGAGCAGCUCACCUCUCCCUGCACCAACGGAUUCAGAUCAUCGUUCCCCCAUCUCACCGCAGAAGCCCUCCUCUUCGUCGUCCACGUCCUCCUCCCAGUGGUCUUCUGCUUUGGCGGUGAACCUGGUGCGGCCACUGAGCCGUGAGCUCGGCCAGGGCUCUUCUAAAACGACAGAAGAGCAAGCAGGCCCCAACCUCGUGGCCCCUCACGUCAGGCCCGCCAGCAGCAGUCCCAACCCCUCGCGGCUCACCGGUGGCCUCCCACUUCAAGCACAGGUGGCCCGCAGUGAGCUCAAUGUUCGUCUGCCUAGAGGUUUUGAGCGUCGCCCCCUGAAGCACCCAUCUUGCGCCGAGGGAACAGAGAGGGACAGCGGCCCUCCGAAGCCCCCCCGCACAAGCACCGUCCCUGCUUUAGUGCCAAAGCCACCCACCUACCCACUAGUCAGGCUGGUGGGAAAGUUCUACACCCUAAAGUGCCGGUUCUGUGAGGUGGAGUUCCACGGUCCACUUUCGGUGCAGGAGGACUGGAUCCGACACCUCCAGCAACACAUCCGCAAGAUGAACUACAACAACCCUGCUGAACCCAAAGCAGCGUCUGAUGAAUCUGACGAGGUCCACCACGCCUCUGCCCCACGCUCCGCCCCCAGCACGUCCGCCGUGCCCGCCUCCACAGCUCCGAACAGCCACUCCCGUGCUCCCCCGGCAGAACUUGCUAGAGAAAUAGUCAAGCCCACCCCGGCUCCCAUUCCCCUUCCUGCCCAGGUGGUGUAAGCUCAUCAGGAACCAUCAUGGUUCCUUUUCAUUUUCUUUUUUUUGAGGGCCAAUGCUCCUCUUCAACACACAACGAAGGCCGAAAAGCCUUCUGAGCCCCAAGCACCUUUUUGAAGCAACUUUUUAGACUGUUACUAAUUCCUGUUACCAUGGGAACCAAGCUCUCCUGGUUUAAGGGUGAUUACAGCCAAUAUUUCAUAGAGAGAUGAGCUAUUCUUCUGCCUUGUUUAUACUGAAUGUCCAGGAGUUGACAAGGACCAUUGCUGUACGACACCCCCCCCUUACCUGGGUGGCUUAAGGGUUUAAAUGCCACGCUUUUCCGCUUCCUUUCCCCAUUUUGUCUCCUCUUGAUGGACCGUCGGAACCAUUUCUGCCAGCACACGGGGGUGUCCAAACGUUUUCCACCGAGGUCCGCAUACAGAAAAAUGAAACGAUGUGGGGAGGCGGGGCCCAGCAGAUUCACACGUCACGCCCCUGCAAAAACAAUUACUUAUUUAUUAAUUUUCUGGAAAUUUUUGGCAGAAAACACAUCUCAUUCACUUCUCAGGGCAUCGACUCAAUCGCAACUGGACUGUCCAGGUUGUCUCAGAAGACGUUUCACCUCUCAUCCGAGCAGGCUUCAUCAGUUCUGCCGUGUAUCUCCACCUCAGCGAGAAAGAGCACUCUUGAGAACAAAAAUGUACACAUUUUAGACAGAGACGACCGAUGGUUUGAAAGAAGCCGUCUCCCUGAACAGAGGGGGCGGCGACACCUUUCCCCCACAUACAAUGCUGUCCUUUCAUCCCUUCCCAAACGAUUCAUUUAGGCUCUAACAAAUAAACAACGCACAGCCACCUUGGUUUCAGGUGGGUCCAUAACCAUCGUUACAUCUGAAUGGGGGCCGCACUCCAUUGUAUCCUAAAGAUCGUCAUUUCACACCACUAAAGAGCCAAAAAAUUUCUGUCCAGACCUGCCUCCGCCUUUAGAGGAUAAAUAGAUUGGAUCUUGCACCGAGCUCUCAGUCUAGAGCUGUCCUACCUAAUCUGACUGGUUUGUGUCCCACCUGGUCUUUGAGCAUGAACUGAUGGAAGCCUGCUCGAAUGAGAGGCUAAACGUCUUCUAAGACAAUCCGAAAAGUCCAGUUGCGAUUGAUUCAAUGACCUGAAAAUACAAUGACCUGGAUGAAUGAGAAUAUUCACAGCCACAUCUCAUCCACCCUAUGUCGGUAAUAAAUGUGUGAUAAUACAGGUACCAUAUACAUGUACUACUUUUAGAAAGACAAUAAUUUUGUUUGUCUUCAUGCUCCACUGCUAAUGCUUUUUUGUCAAGGGUUGAGAUUUCGCACUUUGUUCGGCGGUCCUUGAACGCACCAUAUUUGUUUGCUCUGCCUUUAAGACGCCAAAGUUUGUUUUGGCUACGGAAGCGCUAUCUUUAAGUCCUGUCGUUACUAGAAUUACGACAAACAAGCAGUGUGGAUUAUGUAGACGCAACUUCUGUAGCCAGCCACCCUCUAGCUUUAGCCUGACCACCAGGCUAAAGGCUACACCGCGACUCCGAUUCCAUCUGUUCAUCCAUCAUCCGAAAUGAUUAUUCAUUAGUGGUGAGUACCGAUACACUGGAACCCUUGGUUGGCGUCAUUAAUUUGUUCCAGAAGUGCCGACUCUAACCGGAACGGUCGUUAAUCAAAUGAAAUUUUCCAAUUUUUAAAAAUAAUGUAAAUCCAAUUAACCCGCUCCAGAAAGCCAAAAAUGUUAACACAAAACAUGUUUUUUAUAGCUUUACAAUUAUAGCUUUACAAGCAGAAAACAAUUCGAAAUGUAUAUCAAUACAAAUAAAUGAUGAAUGAAAUAGACAAAUGAACAUUUAAGGUGACUUUUACCAUCAUUGAAGACGUGAUUAUCGACGGGACGGAAAACAGGAAGGUGGUGGUGGUUGAUCUCGCCGCCACAUCAUGUUUUUGGGAACAGUCAUGUCUUCAAUGAAGGUAAAAGCCACCUUAAAUGUUAAUUUAUCCAUUUCGUUCGUCAUGUAUAUGCAUUCAGAAUUGUUUUAUGCAUGUAAAACUAUAAAAAUGUGUUUUGUGUUAAUAUUUUCAAAAGUCGACCGCUCGACUUUAACAGAAAAACAUGCUAAACGAGGCGGACGCUAACCAAGGUUCCACUGUAAAUUUUUUCUGGGCGUUUAAAUUACCUGCUGUUUUUCGCCCUUCGCUGGUUGACCCACUGGAUCUACUGUAUGUGCUAAGCUAACUGAACAAAACAUCCUGCCAAAAAUGGUUUUGGACACCCCUGAUAUAAGAUUCUGCAUGUUGGCAGAACUGGUUUUACGACCGAAUGUCCGGACUGACGUAUGAGACUUCUAAAUGCAGCCACUUUAAACACACUUUAACACUGAGUGUUAAAACAAACUUGGCACUUUUUUUGACAUUGACACUGAGCACUUACUAAAAUGAUUUGAUUGGGUGAAAUCGGGACAACUCUACCUUGUUUUAAAAAGGAGCAAGAAGUGGAAGCACAUUACAAAAAAAAACACACACAAGGGAAAUGAACUCUACGUAAAAUUGACCCCAAAUAUAGAUUGUGCUUGAAUGUAGCAUACAGCACCUAUUGAUACCUUUUUGUUUUUAUAUGCAUUCAUUUAUACAAUCAGAAAAAAGCCCCGUGUUAUGAAUAUACCACUGAUGUUUCACUGCUUCUGUGCUAAAGAUGCUUUUUAGCCUCCCUGUCCAGAUCCGUAUUUGUUUUAAUUUAACACUAAAUUCACUUGUUGCCAUCAUAUUCCUGCCUUUAAAAAGAUACAUCUGUAUCUAUAACCCAAAUUAUUAUUUAUUUACUUGGCACCUGAAUGUGGUAAUAAGCUAGAUCCGUUCAUAAAGGUGACGUAGAACUGUGGAUGGUUCGGUACACACGAGUGCUGUAUGCCAUACCUGUCAACCCUCCAGGAUUUCGCCCUCCAAUUUAAUAGUUUCCUGUAUUUUUACUUUUGUGAAAAAAUACAAAUUCUCUCUGGGUCUGCCGCUGGGCAACACUCGGCGUGACACAUGGUGCUGGAAAAAUUGGUGGAAAAUUCUGUUGGAAAGACCACAGUUCCCCUUAUUUCCCACCCCCAACAUGUCCUUUAUUUUCACAUGGAAAUGUUGACAGGUAUGCUGUACGUGCGGAUCGGUUACAACAUUAAGGACACCUGCACAGUCUAAGGAGAUCAAAUAAUUGGAAAAGUCAUUCUGCCUUUGUAGAUCAUGCUAAUGUUUUCUAUGUUUAUUAUUGUGUUUUUUGUCCCAGUGAGAGCUGUGUCUAAUACUUUCUUUUUAUAUAUAUAUAUAUAUAUAUAUAUAACCCAAAAUAUUACACUCAUCUUUCAGCAUUGCUGUCUUUUAGGGAGGAAAAACUAGUUUUGAUGCUGCUUUUAUAUUGGAGCUGAUUAGAAUGCGCAGGUGGUAUUUUGUUUUCAAAGAAAAAAAAGAAGUACAACCGCUUGAUAGGACGUCUUUGUGACUUCAAACGUGGCCUCCUGAUUGUAUGCGUUUGUCAUAGGGUUAGGCUGUGCCAAAGAGUCACUUUUUACUUCCUUGUCUUGCCUCUGUAAAAGCUGUUUACAUUGGACCCCAUCGCGGAGGAAGCCCCGCACAGCGUCGGGCAUUGGACUGCUUUGGAAAUGGCGGCCUCCUAGGACUUAACAGGAGAUGAUUCAUGUUCAAACACGAACAUAACCCAAACUUCAUUCCAAGACGGGGGGGCUCUGGAGGACUGUCAGCUCACAGUUGUAGCGCGGAAAGUGGGCGGCCAUUUUUCCCAGUUGCUUCAGUGUGUUGGUGAAGCAAGAAAGUUAAAGUUCCGGUGUUGCCCCGUGUUCAAACAUGACUGUUUGGUCCUCUCCGUGUAUGGAAUAUAGACACAUACGAUAUAACUCCAUGUACUUAAGAAGCUAGUAGAGCUAUUAGCAGUUCUAUUAGCAAGGUAGUUGAAAAAAGAAGUGAUCUUAAUUCAUUUGAUUCUGAUGUGUUUCUAUUGCUCUGUGCAUUUUCUGUACUUGCAGUCAUGCAAAGUGAAUCUUAGAACAUGUUUUAUUUGUUAGUCUCUCCAGGUGGAAACGGCAAUGCUGGUCAUGUGGUUGCAAGCUGACUGAAUGCUAGGAAAACUUUUUAUUUGCGUUUUAAAUGUGGAGUCCUGGGAUCAGCAACAAAAAAGGUUGACUGGUGUGUGUGCGUGUGUGUGUGUGUGUGACAAAAGAAAUGAUGGCGUCAAUGGAAGAAAAGAGAUGUGUGAGAGAGAAAAAAUGUACUGUAUACAGAGUUUUAGGUGAAUCAACAACUCCGGAACAAAACAAUAAAUGUGACUUCCGUUUCAGACGCGGAAUUGUUGCCUUACUUAUUGCAGAACACACUCAUCUUUGCGCUGCAGGUGUGCGAUGCUACUGAUGGAAACACGGAGCUCCAUCUACUUAAAACGUCCAACAGGUGAUCAGCAAUGAGC